UGUAAGAAACGUGGGAAGGGAGCACUUCCUGUUUCGCGAUUUUCUCUCCAGGAAAAAUGGUGUGGGGGGAGAAAUUCAGAAUUACGCUUGGAGUUAAUAAAUGAUAUUUUCGCUUCAUUUUGAUGGAUGCCAGAGACAAGCAAGUUCUGCGCUCCUUGCGCCUGGAGCUGUGUGCAGAACUGCUGGUUGAAGGCCUUGUCAUUCAAUAUCUUUAUCAAGAAGAAAUUCUAACAGACGACCAUAUGCAAGAAAUAAGGGCCCAAGUUACUAACCAAAGGAAAACUCUGAUGCUUCUUGACAUCCUUCCAACAAGAGGACCUAAGGCUUUUGAGGCAUUUCUAGAAUCCUUACAAGAGUUUCCAUGGGUGAGAGAAAAACUUGAGUCAAAGCGCAAUGAAGUUGUGCUAAUGACUCAUGCAGAUGCAAACCCCAAUAAAGAAGAGUUUCAGAUUCCAUGGAGAGUUGUAUUCAAACAAAACAAACUCCAUUCAGAUUUCUGGUUGAUUGUGCCGAGAUUAGAGAUAGUUGGGGUGGAGAUUUUUGAGGCUGUCAGAUAUACCUCAGAAUUACACGGGAUAGUGGUUUUGAGAUCUUCAUGCUAACCUCAGCUACUCCAAAUGAAUGAACAGCUGCGGCAGAAAAUCAAAGUCAGUGGCCUCAGUUGCCUCCCUGCUUGGCCCUGUUGAUAUGGCUAUUAAGGGGGGAGAAAGCAAGGUAAAGGCAGACUGCUGCUCCUGCUUUUUAUUUCUGUUCCUGUUAACUAGAGCUUGUUAAACAAGGAACAAGACAAUACUAUAGCAGCAA